AUGCUGCAACAUGCUCAACGUACAGGCGAAAUUGAUGCUGUUCAAAGGAUGGCCUUCUUUAUGAAACAUAUUCAUAUACAAAUCAGUAAUAUACAUGAGAAAAUAUUUGCUUUGACACAGAAUCCUUUAGUUGUCUAUCGUGGUAAAACAAUGUUAAACAAUGAAUUUGAAACAUUAGUAAAAAAUAAUUGUGGUGGUCUACUCUCAUGUUCAACAUUCCUAAUAACUAAUAUUGACAAAAAUGUUGCAAUGGAUUUUCUUCGUCGUCGAAUAGCCGCUCAUACAGAUAGAAUAGCUAUUCUCUUUGAAAUCCAUAUCAAUCCAAUGCAACAUAAUACAAUGAAUCCGUUUGUAUCACUGGACAAUAUCGAUUUGAAUGAUGAAACGAAAAAAGACAAGAUUUGUUUUACUCUUAGCGUUAUCUUUCAUAUUGAAUCUGUCGAAAAAAUGGAUGAACAUUCGAUGAAUAUAUGGAGGGUGAAAUUGACACUCACAGAGGAUAAUGAUCCACAUGUACUUCGUCUCAUUGAACCUCUAAGAAGUAAAGAUGUAUAUGCCAAUCCACUUUUUCACUUCGAUAAACUACUCAUUACAAUGGGUGAUCAUGAUCGUGCCGAACAAUUCUAUCACAAUAUACUAGCAAAUACUUCGGCUCUCAAUCGCCCACAUCGACUCAGUCUUAUGCAGAAAGGUCUUGGCACUAUUUUCAUGUAUAAAGGCGAACACAACAAAGCUCUAGAACACUUUCAAAAAGCACUCGAAGCAAGCUUAAUCUAUUUGCCUUCAGAUCAUCCUGAUCUUGCAAGUAUUUAUACCAUGAUCGGUAAUUGUUACUCUAACAUAGGUAAUUAUGCAUUAGCUCUGGACAAUUACAAACGAGCCAUGAAAUUGAUGCAGGAUAAUAUUCAAUCAAUUGAUCAACAAUCUGUCGACGAUUUGUAUAACUGUAUUGAACAUUCAAGUCAAUUACUUGAACAUCAGACGUGA